AUGGCGCUCCGGCCACUUGCCUUGAGGAUGAGGAAGAGAUGGCAGAAGCUAGGGGGAGGACCGGUGCUUAAGCCCUGGGUCGCCGGGCGGUGGCUGAUCCCACUCUGGCUCUGCCUGAGCAUUGCGGGGAGGUGUUCAGCCCAGGUGUAUAACCUCAGCCUGGGAGUGGACGAAGAGCUGCCGGCUGACACUCUGGUAGGGGACAUUAGCGCAGGGCUGCCCCACGGGGAAGCGCACCCUGGUGGCUUCUUCUUAUCGGAAGGCAGCGGGGAGUCGGCCCUGUUAGCGGAUUUCCACGUGCACACUGACACGGGCAUCAUCCUCACCGCAAGGCCGCUGGACCGCGAGCGGAGGGCGCGCUACAGCUUCGCGGCGGCCACACUGCGCGGCCAGAUCGUGCAGGUGGAAAUCACGAUCAGCGACGUGAACGACCACGCUCCCCGCUUCCCUCGGGAGGUGGUGUAUCUCAACAUCUCCGAGCUCAGUCCGCCCGGCAGCGCUUUCCGCUUGCCCGCUGCGCGGGAUCCAGACGAGGGAAGCUUUGGCAUUUGGGGCUACUCGUUGCUGCCGUGGGAUCUGGACGGGGCUGCGGACGACUAUCAGGAAGAGGAAGGCCCGUUUUUCCAGCUGCGCUACGGCCCAUCCUCCUCGGAGCCUCUGGAUCUGCUGUUGCUGAGACGGCUAGACCGGGAACAGGCGGAUACCCAUCGGUUGCUGGUUGAAGCUUGGGACAGCGGCAGCCCUCGCCGGAGCGGACGCCUCCGGGUAGAGAUCCAAGUGCUGGAUGAAAAUGACAACGCUCCCACUUUCGGGCAAAGCGAGUAUCGCGCCCGCCUACGGGAGAACGCGCCUGCAGGUACUUCGGUGUGUCGUGUUUUCGCCACCGAUCCGGAUCUGGGUGGUAAUGGCGACGUGCGCUACGUUCUCAGCCGCCGCCAGGGCGACUCUUCGGCGGGGACCUACUUCGAGGUGGGCGAGCGCACCGGGUUGCUCCGUUUGCGCCGGCCGCUGGACCGCGAGGUCCGCUCUAACUACCACCUGGCUGUGGAAGCUCGCGACGGCGGUGCCCAGCCCGAAGUGGCGACCGCCUGGAUUGCGGUGGAGGUACUUGACGUGAACGACAACGCGCCGGUCAUCCAUCUGCUCUAUCUCACCGAGUCCGGCGCCACAGUCUCUGAAGGGGCGCGGUCGGGGGACUACAUAGCCCGCGUGUCCGUCUCCGACCGCGACGAGCAGCAGGAAAAGGCGAAUGGCGAGGGAACGCCAGGAGGCGGCGUGGUGCUGAGCCUGGAAGGCGGCGAAGGCACCUUUUCGCUGCGACGCUCUGGCGGCGACAGCGGCAUCUAUUUCCUAUGCGUGGAAGGUCCCUUGGACAGAGAGACCUGCGACGUUUACGAGCUCCGCCUGAUGGCCGUCGAUGCUGGCGUUCCGCCGCUCUUCUCGCAGCAUACGCUGGCUCUCCGCGUGGCCGACCUCAACGACCAGGCUCCCGCCUUCGCGCAGCCAAGCUACCGAGCGACUGUCUCCGAAGCGGCCUCGCCUGGCACCGUCGUCUUGCGCCUCAGCGCCUCCGACGCCGACGAGCCCGGCUCUCGCAACAGUCAGGUGCGCUACGCCUUGGCCCCCUCUCAGGCUCACGGCGCGCUUUUCCUCCUCGACCAGCUCAGUGGCGUCCUUAGUAUCCGAGCCGCGCUGGAUCAUGAGCGGGAAGCGCUGGUGCAGCUGUGGGCGCUGGCCCGAGACUUGGGUGUGCCGCCCCUUUCAGCAUCAUGCCUGGUGAGCAUCAGCGUAGAGGAUGCCAACGACAACGAACCUGUCUUCAAGCACCAAGUCUACAACGUGAGCUGCGCCGAACACUCCGAGGUCGGGGACUGCCUACUGCAGGUCAAAGCAACAGACCAAGAUUCAGGCCAUUUUGGACAUAUUGAAUAUUUUCUUUAUAAUGGAUUCCAUAACAAUGAAAAAUCGGAAGCAUUUCAGAUUGACAUAAACAGUGGCUGCAUAUAUUUGUCUCAGGAUGUCGACAGGGAAGAAGAUCCAUCUACAUAUGACUUCUUAGUAAAAGCCAUAGAUGGGGGUGGACUAAGUGCCCAAGCUUUUGUUCACAUAGAAAUUGAAGAUAUCAAUGACAAUCGUCCUGUCUUCAACCCUGCAACUUAUGUGAUAAGCAUCAGCAGUCAUACACAGCCAGGAACAGAAAUAACUAACCUUCAUGCUACAGAUAAAGAUUCUGGGAUAUAUGGAGCUGUGACAUAUGAACUGAUACCAGGACACCUCUCUUCCCUUUUCAAAGUGGAUCCAUCUACAGGAAUUGUUUAUUUGAUAUCAUCACUGAGUAAUGCAGACUGUUCCAGUGUGCUGUUGACUGUUUCAGCUCAGGAUGGUGGUGGCCUUUGGUCUGUUGUCAAUGCAGUUGUAACUGUGAGAAUUCUUCAAACUGCUGUGGCUCCUGCUGUUUUUGAGCACUCAUAUUACAGCUUUUCCAUCCCUGAAGAUGCCCCUGAAGGAAGUUCUGUUGGAACAGUGAAAGCAAAAGAGCCUUUAAAUUUCCUGGAAACAAUUUCUUAUAGAAUUUCCUCUGGUAAUUCCUAUGGAAUUUUUACUAUUGAUUCUCACUAUGGAAUCAUCCGCACCAAAAAACAGCUCGACCAUGAAACACAUGAUCAUAUAGUUCUUACAGUGCAGUCACAAUUGGGAAGCUCUUCUGUCUUCAGUAGUGCCCAGGUCAACAUAACUGUGAUUGAUAUCAAUGAUAACCGUCCAGUAUUUAUGAAGGAAUCUGAUCACAUAUAUAUAUCCCAAAGCACAGUACCUGGAACAGCUCUUUAUAUUGCUCAUGCAGAAGAUAAAGACAGUGGACUCAAUGGGGCCAUCCAUUAUGCCAUUGUAAGCAGUCAGUCAAGUGUUUUUACUAUUGAUCCAGCUCUUGGGAUUCUUUACCUUGCUAGAGAUCUGAGUGGUCAGAAGCAGCAUGAGCAUGUAGUGGUACACAUCAGAGCAGAAGAUCAUGGAAUUCCUCCCCUAAGUUCUGUGUUGAUUUUGGGAGUGCUAAUUGACAAGCAAAAGGGAAGCCCUGUGUUGACUUUUGAAAAGUUGUUAUAUCAAGUGGAAGUCAGUGAGGAAUCUUGUCUAGGUACCAGAAUUCUGCAAAUACAGGCCUGGAAGCUGAAUCCUCAACAUACUUCUGCUAAUCUUAUAUACUCCUUGGAACAUAACAUAGAUUCUGUUUCAUUUAAAAUUGAUCCAGAAACAGGUGUGGUUUACUUACAAAAUUCUUUAGACUAUGAACAUUUGCAAACUCAUAGUUUUAGAGCUUUUGUUACCAGCUCAGUGGAUAAGUCAGUGCAAAAUGCAAGCACAUUAAUAAUAGUUAAUGUCAUUGAUGAAAAUGAUAACUCUCCUGUGUUUGUUCACGGCACCUAUUUUAUUGAAGUAGAAGAGAAAGAAUCACCCCAAGGUCUGGUUGGCACAAUUAAAGCAAUUGACAAGGACUCAGGAAGAAACGGGCAUCUUUCCUAUUUCAUCUUAUCAAAUGAAAAUUAUUUCAAAAUCAAUUCCAAUACAGGGGAAAUUAUAAACUGGGUGGCAUUAGACCACGAGCAGCAGGCUCACCACCAUUUGGUUGCUCUGGUAAUAGACCAUGGAGUCCCUCAACGUAAUACUACAAUAUCUGUCUAUAUCUCAGUUACUGACCUCAAUGACAACCAGCCAUGCUUCUCCCAGCAUCUGCCACACUUCAAGAUUUUAGAAAGGCAGCCAGCAGGGACACUGGUUACAAAUAUAUUUGCCAAAGAUCUUGAUUCUGGAAACAAUGGAUUAGUGCUGUAUUCAAUAUCCUCAGAAGGAAGUUUAGGUCACUUUCAAAUUGACAGCAGUAGCGGAGAGUUAAGAACCACUGAAGCUCUUUUAUACAAUUGGCAUUCAAACUACCGGAUGAUAAUCACAGCAUCUGACAAGGGAGACCCCCCUCUUCAAGGGGAAACAGUCAUCGGUAUUGAGGUAAUCCCUCUUCCCAAAGGAAGAUCUUUUCCUUCCCAAUAUAUCAGACACUUUGUCAUACCAGAAAAUUUUAGACCUGCUCAGAUCAUAGGCUCUUUAAAACUCCCUGGUCAGCAUUCAUAUUCCAACAGAAAACAGCAUUUUAUUAUCCCUGAAGAAGAUUCUGAUAUUCCAUUUGAAAUUGAUAAUGCUACAGGGGAUCUCUUUCUUUCUAAAGAACUUGACUUUGAAGCAAUAUCUCACUACUUCUUCCGAGUUCUUGUAAAUGACUAUCUGAACAGUCCUCCACAGAAUGAGACUGUUUUCCUCAGUAUUGAUGUUGAAGAUCAAAAUGAUCACUCACCUUCUUUCCAGAAUGACUUCAUUGUAAUUGGGAUAGAGGAAAAUGUGCCCAUUGGUACUUUGGUGUAUACAUUUAGUGCAAGAGAUGGAGAUGGUAGUUUUUUAAACAGAAACCUUCAGUAUUCUAUACAUAGAAAUGACUUCACUGAAAAUCCAUUUUUCAUCCACCCAACUUAUGGUACCUUAAUUACAGCAGUAUCCCUUGAUCGAGAGAGAAGUCAGUUUUUUGUCCUGACAGUUUUGGCUUCAGAUCAGGCUGUAAACCUGACUGAACGUAACCAAUGUUCACUGACAGCAAAAAUUGUCAUUUUAGAUGUCAAUGAUAACAGCCCUAGCUUUGUUUCAUCUCCUCUUUCCUACAUUAGAGAGGAUGCAGAGGUAGGCUCAAUAGCACAUCACAUAAUAGCACAGGAUCCAGACCAAGGAAGGAAUGGACAAAUCACAUACCUUCUUCUCUCAAGCAAUGAAGACCGUGCCUUUUUGAUAGACAAAGCUACUGGAGUGUUAACAACAGCCUUUGCUUUGGACCGUGAACACCAAGAAUAUUAUAACUUGACAGUUGUUGCUCUUGAUAAUGGCAGUCCAGCCCUAUCUGCAGCUCAGAACUUGACAAUAAUUGUUCUUGAUGUAAAUGAUGAAGCACCGGUAUUUACAAAAGCUAUAUAUGAAGCUUCAAUCUGGGAAAAUAGAGCUCCAGGAGUGGUUGGCAUUAAAGUUGAAGCCAUAGAUAAAGAUUCAGGAAUCAAUUCCCUCCUUAAAUAUGACAUUUUGCCAGGACCUGGAUAUGAGAAUUUUCAAAUAAACCCAUAUAUUGGAGAAAUUAGAACAACCAUCUCGCUUGACAGGGAAAUUCAAGAAGUUCUCCAUAUUAAAGUACUUGUUCAAGAUGGUGGGACUCCCACUUUAUCCAGUACAGCAUCAAUUGUCUUUAGAGUACUAGAUGAAAAUGAUCAUACUCCCAAGAUCAUCUUUCCAGUUUCUGAUAUCCAGAUUAUGGAGAACCAAGUGCCUUCAACAAUAACAACUCUCUUGGCUGUGGAUGAUGAUACAGCUAAUAAUGGAAUUGUGCGAUAUCAAAUCAUUGGUGGAAAUAUCAGAGGAUACUUUGCAUUGCACAAAAUCUCAGGAGACCUUUUCACUACUCACAGUUUGGAUAGAGAAAUAGUCAAUAACUUCACCUUGGUCAUUGAGUGUCUUGAUCUAGGCAACCCCCCAAGAAGUUCUGUUAUGGAAUUACGGAUCACAGUCCUGGAUGAAAAUGACAACAGCCCUUUAUUUACAAGGAAUCAUUAUCAAGCAAUUAUAAGUGAAGAUAUUAAAGAAAAGUCAGCAAUUCUUGAACUGUUUGCUGUAGAUGCAGAUGAAGGUCCAAAUGGAAAGGUUGUGUACAGUCUAAUGGGUGAAACACUUGGACUAUUUACUAUUAACAGAAAUACUGGUGUUGUCAUCACUAAUAAACCAAUGGACCGAGAGAAACAAUCUCGAUAUAUAUUUAAAGCUCUAGCAACAGAUUCUGAUGUCCUACAACCAAGAAGUACCAGUGUUACUAUAAUAAUACACAUUGAAGAUGUAAAUGACAAUAAUCCUUUUUUCUUAGAGAAUCCUCUUGAAGUUCAAAUAUCCCCUCAAACAAAUAUAAAUCAGACAAUAGCUACCAUGCAGUCCAGUGACUUAGAUUUAGGUCCAAAUGGAACUGUGAAUUUUAGGUUUGUGACACCAACAACAGUGUUUGAGAUAGAUCCAAAUACAGGUGAAAUAUUUCUUCAGGAACCUGUAUCUUAUGAUGGCUUAAUCACCCAUCUCCUGAUAGUAGCCUAUGAUCAAGGGAUCCCAGCUAGAACCGCUACAGCUGUUGUGACCAUCUGUUCUAAAGCACACACGGAGAAAAUUUCUUUCAGUCAUACUCAGUAUGAAACGAAGGUUCCUGAAAACAGUGAAACAGGUACUUCUGUUUUUACUGUAGUCACUCAUGACCGAAGUUUGGUGGGAAACAAUGUAAAGUAUACAAUCAUCAGUGAACAUGAGGAUAUUUUCUACAUUCAUCCCAUCAUGGGUGAAGUUACAGUAAAACAAACUGAAUUUCUUGACUAUGAAAUUAGAAAGGAAGUGCAUUUUGCAGUCUUAGCUGAAAAUGGCUUGGCUUCAGCAGUGUGCAGUGUGACAGUAUUCUUACAGGACAUUAAUGAUAACACACCUCAAUUUGAACAAAGCUACAUCAGAGUAUCAGUUUGGGAAGGUCAAGUCUAUGAUUCAUACAUCACACAGAUCUAUGCAACAGACUCUGACAGUGGACAAAAUGGAGAAAUAGAAUAUUCUAUUUUAUUUGGCAAUAUAAAUGAAGUAUUUCUCAUUGAUUCAGCACAAGGAAUUAUAUCAACAAAUAGGAUCCUGGAUCGUGAAGACAUUUCAUUAUAUAGGUUGAUUAUACAAGCUGCUGACAGAGGAAUUCCCAGGCUAUUUGCUACAUGUACGGUAGAGAUAGAAGUUGUGGAUAUCAAUGACAAUGCCCCAACUCUGCAGCCGUUAGGUGUUAUCAAGCUCUCUGAAAAUACACCAGUUGGAUUCCUAGUGAUACAAGUAGUGGCAGAUGAUGCAGACUUGGGACCACCUCUUCACUACAGUUUUGCUGAGGAUUAUAAUCAUGGAAAUAAAUUUGCAAUAGACCAAUGGAAGGGAACAAUUACACUAGUGAAGACAUUAGAUUUUGAAAUAAAUCCUCAGCUAGAACUUUUGAUCAACAUUUCUGAUUCUGUGCAUCAAACCAUAGAACAACUUCAAAUUCUUAUAUCUGAUGUCAAUGAUAAUCCUCCAGUAUUUACUCAGGAUGCCUAUCAGGUGAUUAUACCUGAACUUAGGUCUAUAGAUGACUGUGUCUUGACUGUAUAUGCCAUAGACAAAGAUUCAGAGCACAAUGGAAAGAUAUUCUACAGAAUCAUUUCUGCCUCUGACACAUUUUUUAUUGAUCCAGAAAAUGGUUCACUAUUCCUUGUUAAUCCAUUGACCUAUCAGAACAGGAACCCAGAGAUUCGUCUCCUUGUAGAAGCCAGUGACAAUGGAAAUCCUCCUUUGACUGCUGUUACUUCUGUGGCAGUGCAGAUACAGGCUAUGAAUAUUCCUCAGUUUACAGUGGAAACCUAUAAUCUUACUGUAAGUGAAAAUGCUUCAGUUGGAGAGAGAUUGUUCACAUUCUCAGUUAUUGACCAAGACAGAAAUAAUCAAAACACCCACGUUGUGUAUUCUAUUAUUGGUGGCAAUGAUGAUAAUAAAUUCUAUGUGGAAAUGCAUGUCCUUGGGCCAGAAUAUCCAGAUCAAAUGAUUGGAAAACUUGUUUUGAGAAGCACCCUCGAUCGAGAGAGAUGUUCAUCUUAUCAGUUGUUAAUUCUUGCAUCUGAUCAUAGAGCUUCUCCUUUAAAGUCCACUGCUACAGUGUCAAUUACCAUUUUAGAUGUUAAUGACAAUCCACCUGUAUUUACAAGUUUGGAAUAUCAUGUUCAUGUCAGAGAAGAUUUUCCAGUUGGUAAUUGCAUUACUUCAGUGUCAGCAUAUGAUUAUGACGCUGAAACUAAUGCAGAUAUCACUUACAGUAUUGCCUCAGGAAAUGAUAAAGAACACUUCCAACUAGAAGGCAAAACUGGCUCCAUUCACCUGAUCAGAGCUCUAGAUUACGAGGACGAGGUGGAAUUCAACUUGACUGUUCAAGCUUCUGAUGGAGGAAUUGUUCUAAAACAUGUGGCUUUUGCUGUUGUUUUUAUCAGCGUCCUUGAUGUUAAUGAUUAUGUCCCCAUAUUUGUUUUUCCAAGCCUCACUUGUGGUAUACAUGAAAAUAUGCCUGCUUUUUCCUCUGUCUGCACAAUUUCUGCACUAGAUUUUGAUACUGGCCCUUGUGGCUAUCUUUCCUAUUCUAUCCAGUCAUCUUGCUUAUCUGGUCAUGGAAUUCUUGGAGAUCAUAACCCGUUUAUAAUAGAUCCUUUGUCUGGAGAUAUCCGCACCAAGCAGGUGCUUGACUUUGAGCAUCAGAGUAAAUACUGUUUCAUAGCACAGGCAAAAGAUAAAAGCAAUUCCACAGCUACUGUUACUGUUCAAAUCAAUGUUGAGGGGUUAGAUGAAUUUCACCCUGUAUUCAACCAAGAUGAAUAUUUGUUUUAUUUUCCUGACAAGAACGAAGCAGGGCAGUUGAUUGGUAAUGUAACAGCAUCAGACUGUGAUGGCGGAUUGGAUGGUGUCAUUUACUAUGCUUUGUUAAAACAGUCUUCCUUCUUUUCUGUGAAUUACAGCAGUGGAGCUGUUUAUUUGACUAGAUCUUUUCACAGGAAAAGAAGCAAUAUGAAGAAGAAGGAUCACACUCUUGAACUUCUAAUAAAAGCUCAUAGUCCAAAGCAGGGCUCAAAGUCCAGCACAUGCACAGUUCUUGUAAACAUUUCCAAUAGUCCUGAAAGCUAUUCCACACUGCCAGCAUAUGACCUGUCUGUUAGCAUCGCCACCUCUACCAUAGCAUUUUUGUUUCUAGUCAUCUGCCUUGCUGUGCUUAUUGGUAAAUAUACACUAAAAGAUAUCUGCAGGUCCAGCAUGGAGAAAGCGAUGCCAUAUUCCUCAGUUACUGAUCUGAACAUGCAUGGAGAAAAUAACACACCUAAACAUUCCCAGAAAUCCCAAAUCCAUGGAACCACUAUUCUCCCUGUAGGGAACAUAGCUGAUUGGCUAAGUUUUAUUGGCAUCAGGGAUAGGAGAGAUAUUGAUAAUGUUUAUAUCCAUUCCAAUCCACAUAGCCAUGGAUCAAGAGAAGGAGAAACUGGAGAAGAUGAGGAAAUAAAGAAGAUCAACGAACAUCCUUGUAGGAAGGGUACUAGAUCUGCUUUAAAUGACAAAGGCUCAUGUAUACCAGAUUCAGGAAUUCCCAGGGAUUCUGAUCAACUUUCAUGUCAGUCUGGAGAAAAUGAGGUGUUGGCUGCUUCUCAAAGCACAGAGGCUAUCCAUUACUUCAAAGAUGGAAGUGGAGAACAGAGGAAAGAUUGCAGUGAAAUGCUCUAUGACAAAAUGGCCCAUACACUUGCAAAACUGACAGUAAAGGAGAUUGAGAUAAUGACAGAUCUCACAAUGGAAUAUAUCAUAAUACCUGAUAAUAAAAACUCCUAUUAUGGAUCUCUUGCUACCCUAGUAGACUCUGAUGAGGAUCUUGGAGAGAACUAUAACUGGGAUUAUUUGCUGAACUGGGAACCCAGCUUUAAGCCUCUUGCUUCUGUGUUCAGUGACAUUGCAGAACUGGAGGAUGAAAGCAUUAAAGUGCAUAAUUUUCCUAAGAAGGAGAAAUCUUUCAUUUUUCCUCCUCCUUUGCUCACUUCUAGUGCUCAGCUUGAUUUAAAGUCAAUUCUCCCACAAAUGCCAACUUCAUUGCCAGAUAAAGGAUUUAAAAAAUAUCCCCAUUCACCUGUUAUCCAUCCCUUGAAAUAUCCUCCAGCACUUAUGACCCCCAGUUUUUCACCUUCCUUAUCUUUGCUGACAAUGCAAACACCUACAGCAUCCCCAGUUGCCUCAUAUCUUAACCUGAAGGGGAUGUGCUCCAGUUGGUCAGCAUGUGAACUUUCCACAGAGGAAGAAGUUCAAGAACCUGUGUAGAUUAUUUAUCAUUGGCUUCAAAUACAAAACAGACAUUUGGCUAGAAUUCUGGUCAUACUCCAUAAAAACACAGCAUGCUAUAUCAUAUACCUGUAAAUAUUUUAUUUUCGUAAGCUAAAAAAUACUUAGUCAAACUUUUUAUUUCCAUAAAUAAUUCUCCACAAAAUAUACUAUUAACUUGUCAGAUACC